GCGGCGGGGGACUCUGGGAAAAGAGGGGCCGGCCCGUGGCCUGUCGCGGUGCUCGUCGCGGAGCGUUUUCCCUCCCAGGCCGGAGCUGCGGAGCUCGGGAGCGGAGCGCGGCCCUUGCUGCCGGGCGGAGCCGCCCACCCGUCCGGCCCAGGUGGACCGCGGCGCGCAGCAGGGCCCACGCCUGUAUCGGCCCGGGGGCCUGCCGAGCAUUUCUGUGUAGCACUUGUUAGCUACUAUGAGCUUGCUAUAUAGUAGUAACAGUUGUGGACCCCGAGACGUGGAAAGCGGCUGCUGUGCAGCCAUGGCCAGUGCCUGCAGCGUUGGAGCAAAAGAUGACAGCGUAAGCGUCAGCAGUGGAACUGGAAACCCUCCAAGCUCUUUCACAGAGGAAACACAAGGUUAUGAUGUGGAGUUUGAUCCACCCUUGGAAAGUAAAUACGAAUGUCCAAUCUGUUUGAUGGCUCUUCGGGAAGCAGUGCAGACACCAUGUGGACACCGUUUCUGCAAAGGCUGCAUUGUCAAAUCAAUAAGAGAUGCAGGUCACAAAUGUCCAGUAGACAAUGAAAUUCUCCUUGAAAAUCAACUUUUUCCUGACAACUUUGCUAAAAGGGAAAUACUUUCAUUGACGGUUAAGUGUCCCAACAAGGGCUGCAGUAUGAAGAUGGAGCUGAGGCAUUUAGAGGACCACCAGUCGCAGUGUGAUUUUUCCACUGUGGAGUGCCCACAGUGCCAAGGAGCCUUCCAGAAGAACCAUCUGAAAGAGCACAUGACACAGGAGUGUCUGAGGCGUCAAGUCUGUUGUCCAAACUGCGCCACAUCUAUGGCAUUUGAAGAUAAAGAGCUUCAUGACCAAACCUGCCCACUUGCCAAUGUAUUUUGUGAAUACUGCAACACAGUGCUCAUCAGAGAGCAGAUGCCUAACCAUUAUGACAAUGAUUGUCCUACUGCCCCAGUGCCAUGUUUUUACAGUGCCUUUGGGUGUCCUGAAAAGAUGCAAAGGAAUGAACUGGCACGACAUAUGCAGGAGUUCACUCAGGUUCACAUGAGAAUGAUGGCUCAGAGUUUUCAAAAUAUCAGUGUUACUGCUACAAAUCCUGUACCCUUCAUCAAUGGCCUACCCUUUGAGCCUGCUCUCUUCUCACACGUGUCACAUGCCGCAUAUGAUUGUAAUCCAGAAGUUGAAAACUUCAGAGAAACUAUUCAGCAGUUGGAAGGUCGUCUGGUAAGGCAAGAUCACCAAAUCAGAGAACUCAUUGCCAAGAUGGAGACACAGAACACUCACAUGGCAGAACUCAAACGUACUAUUCGAAAUUUGGAGGGAAAGAUUACUGAAAUGGAGGCGCAGCAAUGUAAUGGUAUUUAUAUCUGGAAGAUUGAGAACUUCAGUGGACUUCAGAAAGCCCAGGAAGAAGAGAGACCUGUUGUGAUGCACAGUCCUGGCUUCUAUACUGGAAAGCCUGGCUACAAGCUGUGUUUGCGCUUGCAUAUCCAAUUACCAAAUGCUCAGCGUUGUGCUAAUUUUAUCUCUCUGUUUGUCCACACUAUGCAAGGAGAGUAUGACAGCCAUCUGCCUUGGCCUUUCCAAGGCACUAUACGACUUUCUAUUUUGGAUCAGUCAGAAGGCCCUGAAAGGCAGAAUCACGAAGAAGUAAUGGAAGCCAAGCCAGAGUUACUAGCCUUCCAGAGACCAACAAUUCACCGCAAUCCAAAAGGUUUUGGUUAUGUGACUUUCAUGCACCUGCAAACCUUGAAACAAAGAACCUUCAUAAAGGAUGAUACCCUUCUGGUGCGCUGUGAAGUGCUAACUCGUUUGGAUUUAAACAGUCUCCGCAGAGAAGGAUUUCAGCCUCGCAGUACAGAUGGAGCUAUGUAGCCCCUAAGUCUUAACCAGAGGAAUGGAACCACUUCCACCACGGGUUACAAGUGUGGUUCAUCAUCCAUACAGGCUGCAUUUGUAAAGAUUAUAGUUGCCAACAUAGUUGAUCUUCACCUGAAUAGGGUUUUGUUGUUGCUGGUAUACUUUUUUUUUCUGUAUGAGGUCAUAUGUUCAGAUAUUUGGUAUUGUUCUCUAUUAAAGUAAUAAGCUACUUCUGUAGCAAGCUAACUAAAUGAAGUGUUGUUAAUCAAAACUUAACUGCCUACAGGAAAAUGCUACUGAAGUACCUGUACAUCUCCGUUUGGUAAAACUUAAGUCGUAUUAGAAAAGACCUGUAAAUCUUUGCAUCUCAGUGCCUUGGAAUAGAUACUGUAGCAGGGAAAUAGCUAAAUUAGUAGAGAUGGGGGGCGGGGGGUUGGUUGUUUUUCACAGAGCUUGGGAAAGUUAAGACACUUUCUAUAUUGACUUAUCUAGAACUUUGAAUUGGCCAUGCUUCUCUUGAAAUCUGAAGUCAGGUUAAGGCUUUGCUCACAUCACCUAGGGUUGAGGUGUACUUUGACCCUUCCCUUCUGCAAAGUUAGCUUCAGGAAGUUGCAUGUUGAUGUAGAGUUGAUAGUAAUAUUUCUGAAAGACGUGGUAGUGUUGUGGAGAAGGCCGAAUUCUCUGAGAUGAGUUCACUGAAGAAAUAUUUGUAAUGUGGUCUGAAAGCACUCCCCUAAUUCUCUUUAUUUUGAUAGCUCUUUCUGUAAGUGUGUGCUCCAGGCCCAGAAUGUCAAUCACGAUCACCAGAGAGAUAAAAUACAGCAUUUGAAUGAGAUACCUUUGUGCUGGUGGGGUCUCCUUCUAGUGCUGGACAUUUUUCAGGUUGUGAGUGGAUACAUGAGCAAAGGUAUUUGCUAAUUGGAUAGGGUGAUGCAGAAUUACCAAAGCUUAACUUGUGACCUGCAUCUGCUCGAGUGAUCUUCUGGUGUUCUGAGUGAUGCAUGACCUGUGUUGUCUCCUAUGAAUUCUCAGUGGACAGCUGGCCAUUUCAACAUCCAUCUGUUGUGAGUACUCCUUGUCCCAUUAAGGCCCAGGAGCUGGGCCACCCUCAACGCUUUGGAGGGGAAGAAAAGCCUAUUAAUUAGGCAGUGUGAGGAAAAAUUGCAACCCUGUUUGCUCUUAGGAAAAAAUCUGGCGUCUGUAGUUACUCAUUCACUAAACACUAGAUUCACUAUGUCAAGAAUUCAUGAGCUUCCUAAUGUUGCAUGUAUUAUUGUUUUCUGUGCUGAUUGUUUGUAUGCCAUAUAAAUGUUGGUUUUGGCCAGUCAAAGCUAAGUAGUUCAAGUUCACUGGUGCUGAAAAUUUUAACUUAUGGUGCUGGUAAAGCUCUGAAUCUUGUAUUUAAAAGGAGGGAAAAAAACCCCAUUUUGUUCACCCCAUAACUUAAGUACACAGUCUGAUACCGAAGAAAGGACCAAGCCAUACGUAAGCCACAGGUAUAUUUCUCCAAGCUAGUGAAACAACUUAAAGACUUGAGACACUGCAACUUAAAAGAUACUGGAGAGUAUUCCAACUAUCUGGCCUCAUCAAAGCAAUCCCAUGGGGAUCAUCUGUGGGGAAAAUGUGUAUGCUUAAUAGAUAUAUAUAUCAGGCUAAUGAGAGACUAGUACAGUAUAUUCAUUUAGAAGCACGCUCUGCCUGCGUGUGUGAGAUUAAAAGUUCCAGGACUCAACUACCACUUUGUUCAUCAUACCCAGAUAAGUAAAAUUUAUUUUAUGAGUAGAGCUUAUUAAUUGAAGAGGGAAUGUGUUCAACGGAGUAUUGUUGCUACUGAAACAUAAACUUCCUGGCUAAUGGUAAUUGUGGUCAGUUGUUGACUACUUUAGUGUGUUCUGUGUGUUUGGAUGACAGGUGAGCAUAUAUUACUCAAAAUAGGAAAAGAUCUGUGCUUUAAAACUGUCAAACUUUCUUUUUUUAAACCUCUUAAGUAGUUUGUAUACUGAAUAGCCUCAUCCUGUUAGCUGAAUUGGUUCAGAGUGUCUUCAGUUAGAGCAUUGCUAGCAGUUAAACCAUUCUUAACCAAGAGGGUUUUAAUGUGUGUGACAGUCCCCAGACCCACUAUAUACAGAAGGCAUUGUAUACUAGUUCUCCAGUCAUUUUCAGACUACGUUAGUUAUCUAUGUUUUUCCAGGAUGCUCAAAGACUACUAGUCUCCUGGCUCUCUUCUUUUUUGUUUGGAUUUUUUGGGGUUUUUGGAGGGGGGUGGCAGAAUAAAUACUUAAAAUUUGAGAGCUUCUUCCUGCAACAGUUCCUUUCUCAACUCUACUAACUGUAGUUAGUAUCUAGUGAUACUGACAAAAAUGUCCUUAGUCUGUGUUGUAAUAGUUUAUACCUAAGACCCACUAAGUGCAUUAAUACUUUCUUUCCUUUUGAAGCUUUGCAUUAUGAACUGAAUUUUUGCUUUGGGCCUUAUCUGCAACAUCUGGUAUACUUAUGCCCUGGGGGGAAGCUCAGUUUGGCAGGUUCAGGACUUUAAAUGUUUCAGGUUAAUAUUUGUACAAAAGCACAAACCAAUAGGGAAUAGAGAGCAACUGCAUGUAUAAUACUGUAUUGGCCACAGUAAAAUGAAUGCUUUAUUCACUGCUGCUAUUCUACUGGUUUUGUAUUUGAAUAUCACCAAGUAGAACUGAGUGAUGCCAAAUUACUGUAAUGCCAGCUUUACAUGAGAGACUUUCAGAGCUAAUUUGCUAAGUAUCAGUUAAAUCUUACUGUCAUGAAAAAUUAUAAAUGUUAAUGAAGUGUUUAUUCAUCUACGUGUUCCAUUUUCCUUUCUUCCUGCACCUUCCAAGCUACUCAUCAUUUUAACUGCAGUUCCAGAGCUUUCUCUCACAAAUUAGAACAUCAUCUUAUGGAAGAACUUACGAGUUUACAUUGCUACAAUCUUGAUGUAUAGUUAAGUCUUCAAGAUUACCAUCUUUUAUUUGAACUUUUCUAAGGUUAGCAUGAAGAGAUCUAGUUUUAUGUGAAAGUAUAUUUUCACAGAAACAGCUUCUUUUUUCCCCUUCCUCCAAAUCUGAUCUUUUCUUCUGAGAAAUCAUUUUACACAUGGUCAAUUAAGGUAUAAUUGCUAGAACUACUUAAAUAGAAGCAGAAAAGUAUGCAGUUUCAAGAGUUGUCUCUGAAACAAUUAUGAGGAAAUGUGGGGAUUUAACCAGUUUCCUGUGUAAUUUCUUCAGGCAUGGGGUUCCUUGGUUCUGUAACUCUUGAUGCUUUGCAGCAUUACUAGAUCUCAAGGUGGUUUAGAAAGUGACUUAGCUUCAUUUAUCUUCCAAAUUUCUGUUGUCUUGAAUGUGUUUUAAGUCAGCCACUGUUAGUAUGUGUAUUUGCAAAGCUGCUAUGGCACAUAUUUCCCAAUUAUAAUAUAUUGCAAAUGUGUUUUCUUUUUGCCUCUGAAUGUCUUCCCCUGCAGGGCAGGGAAAAUUAUUUUACUAAAAAUGUUGGUCUCAAUGUGAGAUGUAUAGACCUGGUUUUUAAGUGGUCUCAUGAUAUGCCUGGUCAUGUUUGCUAUCAAGGGAUUAAGCUUGCUAAUUUAAUAAAAUCAGGGUGGCCUUUCUGUUCUUGUUUAGAGACACUUUCACAUCAAAUAUAUUGAUGAUGGAUGCAAAAGAUUAUUCUGGGGUCAGCAUUUGUGUUGGUUUGCAUUUGAACAGAAUGAAAGUACUCCUGUUCCCUUGGAAGUAUUGAUAGAUUGUUUAAUAUAUUUUGUAAUUAAUGCACAGCUCUAUUUCUGACAGGAUUUUAAAAAAUAAACUAAUUAAACUGUA